UUUAGUAGUAACUAGUAAUGGUUUUUUUCUUUGUAAUUAAACAAGGUGUUGUUUUCUAAACUGCUGGUGGGAUAUUUCGGCAGUAUAUAUGCUAUACUGUUGGAGGUCGACUACAGUUCAGCGGUGACGUCACCAUCAAUGACGUCAUUCGACUACAGCGAAAGGGUUUGCAGAAGUCCGCACUCUGACCAAAGUAAAUGUGGACAACACAUAUACCCGGAUAUAAAAGUUGUUCGUACUUCCCCCGAUACGAAUAGUUUUAGUCCAAACUGCACCCCGUUAAGUUUUCGCUGCCCAAGCUCCCAUCUACAAGCAGAAAACAAUGAGAACGAAGACUUGGCCAAUGACACUGAAUACUUGGACGCUAAGGAAUGGUUCACAAACGACAAAAUCCUUACACCGGUUCGAGAUUUUGCAGAUUCUCUUCACGCCCCAUUGCUUCCAUCUGAAGAAAAUGGAUCAGGAUGUACAUCGUGGUCGGUGAAUAAAUACCACCGAUCCAGUACCCCGAACAUCAUUGGGUUCGAGGCUCCUCCUGCCCACCUUCCAGGUGAAAUUACAGAUGAUGGUCUUAACAUUAUUGAAAGGAAAAGUAAGAUCUCUUUGCGAAGUUUUAGCGCCAGACAGUGGGGAGCAUUACUGGGUGUUUGUUACGUCAAUUUCGCUUCCAAUGCAAGCAUGUCGAUUCUGACUUCGUUUUUUAGUAAAGAGGCAGUUUAUCAUGGUGCAAAUGAAUUGGAGAUCGGUUUAAUAUUUGGCUGCUACGCCAUAGUUAACUCAAUAUGCUGCCCACUGUUUGGGUACCUUAUACCAUUAUGCGGUGCUAAGAAUAUGCUGUUGGGCGGAUUGCUUAUUUCGAGCUUGUGUUCAUUUCUAUUCAGCCAGUUAUUUCGGUUUACGAGCACCACUUUAUUCGUUGCCGGCUGCUUUGUGAGUCGGAGCAUUCAAGCGGUCGGUUGUUCUGCUUACUUUAUUGGCUCUGCUGUGAUCAUAGCACGAGAAUGGAGAGACAACAUAACGUUCGCUAUGGGACUGUCGGAAGUUUUCUUAGGAAUAGGCAUGAUAUGUGGGCCGCUGUUAGGUGGAGCAAUAUACGAGAAAGGGGGAUUUCAACUUCCUUUUAUCGGUAUUGGUUUCUUAAUGUUGAUUGGUUUAUUUAUCAAUGCGGUAGCUCUUCCGAAGUCGACAGACGAAUGCCCAACUUCAAAUUUUCUUGCCCUUAUCAAGAUCCCAAACGUUGCUGUAACUGCUAUAUUUAUGUGCGUUAUGUGGGCAGCCAUGGAUUUUAACAUGCCAACGUUAUCUUUCCAUAUGGACGCGUUGAAUGCUUCCCCUGUUGAAGUUGGUACCAUGUUCCUUAUUAUGGCAGCGGCUUAUACAAUAAAUGCCCCUCUGGUCGGUCUUGUUGCUAAAACUAAGUUCUCCGAGCGAGCCAUAAUGACAUGUGGAAGUCUUAUGGUUGGGACCAGUUUUCUCGUUAUCGGGCCUUCGCCCAUAUUUGCCCCCCUUGGCCUUACAGCAGUUAGUUACACUUGCGUUGGAAUAUCAAUGGCAAUACUUGGCGCAGGACUCAGCGCGGCACUUGUACCAACGUUUAGUGACCUAACUCACUCAGCAGUUGCUGGGGGUAUGAAGGACGAUCUUGCCACUGCUGGUCUAGUGGGCGGUGUGUUUAACGGGGCUACCUUCUUUGGUGAAUUCCUGGGGCCAACAGUAGGCGGUGCUCUAAUGCAGAAAUAUAAAGAUUACAAGAUUGUGAGUUCUCUUUUCGCUGCAUUCGUGUUCGUUCUGAUCUCUGCUAUUGGUUUUUUCUAUUUCGUGGAUUGGAGAAAAGACGUUUCAAAACGUAAGAAAAUUGAAAACAACAACGAAAAGAAACCAUGUCUUGAUACUGUGCAGACUCUGUACGAUACAAUAGAAUAAAGAAGAGAUAUUUUCUUCAAUUUACAGAAGAACGAAAAAAAACUGCGGCGAGUC